UGAGCAUAAACGUCAGACAGAGUGGAGCAUGAAAAAUUUUGACGAGCGGAGCGACAACAGCAGCAGCGCAUUUUCUUAUGUGAAUCGAUUUCAUUCGCAGAAAGUGCGUGCAAGUGGUGUGUGAAUUGAAAAGUAAAUGUGGCGUUUAUAAAUCCAAAUUUUGAUCAAGCAAUCGAUCGAAUUCUACUCCAAUCAACUUUGCGCUUUCGGGAGCGGUUGGAAAAAAAGUGAGUUUAGUUUGUAUUUCGCUUGAAACUUGAGUGCUUCUGUGUUCGUCGUCAGCUCCCGACAACAAAAAUGGCCGAUUUCUUGGAUUCCGAAGCGGAGGAAAGCGAGGAGGAGGAGGAGGACUUGGAACCCCAUGAGCGCAAGAAGCUGAAGAAACUAAAGGCUGUAAGCGACAGUGAAGAAGAGGAGGAAGACGACGAGGAACGGCUUCGUGAAGAGCUCAAAGAUCUCAUCGACGACAAUCCGAUCGAGGAAGAUGACGACAGCGGCGGAGAAGACUCGGACGGUGGCCACCCAAAGCGGAAGAAAAGCGACGACGAAGACGAGCUCGACGAUCGAUUGGAAGACGAAGAUUACGAUCUGAUCGAGGAAAAUUUGGGUGUGAAAGUCGAAAGGAAACGGUUCAAACGGUUGAAGAAAAUCACUGAUGAGGGAAGCGACGAUGAUGAGGCUGUAGAUGAUGGGCUCAACAGAGAAGUGAUUGCCGAACAGCUUUUUGAAGGUUCCGGUGAUGAGGAUGAAGAACAUCAUUCGGAACGGGAAAGCACUCGUGACCUUCAGAUGACCGCGGUGGAUAAUCCUGACGAUGAAGAAGAGGAAGAAUCCGAUGCUGACGAUUUCAUUGUCGAUGAUGAUGGUGUUCCUAUAAGCGACAAGCGCAAGAAGAAAAAACACAUUUUCACAGACGCAUCGCUGCAAGAAGGUCAAGACAUUUUCGGUGUGGACUUCGAUUACGAAGAGUUUGAAAAGUAUGACGACGAUGAGUACGAGGACGAAUCCGAGGUUGAUGAUGAAUACGAAGAAGAAGGAGGCGAAGAACGCGCCAAACGGCCGAAAAAACCGGCUCGCAAGAAGACAGCCAAGAAGACCAUUUUCGACAUAUUCGAACCGAGUGAACUCAAGAGAGGUCAUUUUACUGAUCUGGAUAAUGAAAUCAGAAAAAUUGAUAUUCCGGAACGAAUGCAACUACGAGAUGUUCCCAUUACUCCGGUAGCGGAAGGUUCCAAUGAAUUGGAAGAUGAAGCUGAAUGGAUUUACAAACAGGCCUUCUGUAAACCUCCUGUGUCCACUCAGGAAACAUACACGCGCAAGUCAUCGUCUGCGAUUCCAAAAAUCAAACAAGCACUCGAUUUCAUGCGGAAUCAACACUUGGAGGUACCGUUCAUUGCCUUUUACCGGAAGGAAUACGUGCAACCGGAUCUGAACAUCAACGAUCUAUGGAAGGUCUACAAGUACGAUGCCAAAUGGUGUCAGCUGACAGUUAGGCGGAAUAACUUGAUGAAACUGUUUGAAAACAUGCGGAACCAUCAGCUGGACAAGGUAAUGGAAAACCCGGACGCGGCCAUUCCAGAAGAGAUCCGCAUUAUGAAAGAUGAAGAUUUUGAUCGAUUGAGGUCAGCUCAAACGCCGGAAGAGCUGAGAGACGUGCACAAUCACUUCCUUUUGUAUUAUGCCCACGAAAUUCCCGCCAUGCAGGAGAAGAUGAAGCGCAAAGAACGGGAACGAAUACGUCAGGAGAAGCUGGAAGCCCGCCGGAAGGCACUCGAGUCCACCGAAGAAGGCGUCGAAAGUAUCGAUAUGGAAAAUUUGGACAUCGAAGAAGAGCCUUACGCGGAGGAACAUGUAAAGCUCAAGGUAGAUUCCGGUCCUUACGCGAUGUGCCGUAAGAGCGGUCUCAGUGGAUUGGCCAAACGAUUUGGUUUGACGCCAGAAAAGUUUGCAGAAAACGCCCGAGAUAGCUACCAACGUCACGAGGUUGACCAGGAAGCUUGCGACCCGGCAGACAUUGCUAAAGAAUACGUUAACAAUAGGUUCACCACGGUGGAGGAUGUUCUUCACGCUGCCAAAUUCAUGGUGGCAAGACAGUUGGCUAAGGAACCUUUGCUUAGAAAAUGUGUCCGCGAGUUUUACUACGAACGUGCCAAGCUUAGCGUUCGACCGACCAAAAAAGGAAUGAAAGAAAUCGACGAGAACCAUCAGUGCUAUCCCAUGAAGUACAUCAAAGACAAACAUGUGCGCGAUCUCACAGCAGACCAAUUUUUGAAGCUACACAUGGGACAGGAGGAUCAACUCCUCACGGUGACCAUCUCGGAACGUAUCGAGGGCACAACAACAUCGGACAUCAUCGACGAAAUGAAAGCCCUCUAUCAAAAGGACGAGUUUGCCAAAAACGUCCAAGAAUGGAACACACUGCGCUCGGAAUGUGUCGAAUUGGCUUUCACCAAAAUGAUCCUACCCGAUUUGAGGCGCGAAUUGCAAGCCAUUCUGCUGGAAGAAGCCAAGGAAUGCGUUCUAAAAAUAUGCUGCAGAAAGUUGUACAACUGGAUCAAAGUGGCGCCGUUCAGCCCAGCAUUCGAAGUUGAUGACGACGAUUAUGAUUGGGAAACGUCUCGCGGAAUUCGCGUUAUGGGCGUGGCCUACGUCCCUGAUUAUUCGCAAUCGGCUUUUGCUGCUAUCACCGCUCCGGAUGGUGAAAUAACGGACUAUCUCCGCAUCCCGCAUUUGAUGAAGCGAAAGAAUACCUUCCGAGAGGAGGAGAAAUCGCUCAAAGAAGGCGACCUUCAGGCGAUCACAGAAUUCAUCCGAAACAAGAAACCCCACGUGAUCGUGGUAGGUGGAGAAUCGAGAGAAGCAUUGAUGGUGCAGAAAGAUUUCCAAGAGUGCGUGAAGACACUGGUUGAUGAAGAUCAAUUUCCGGAAAUUCAGGUUGAAAUCAUGGACAACGAAUUGGCCAAGAUCUAUGCAAAUUCCAACAAAGGAACGGCUGAUUUCCGCGAGUAUCCCUUUGUCCUUCGGCAGGCCAUUUCCUUGGCAAGGCGAAUGCAGGAUCCGUUGGUGGAGUUCUCCCAGCUGUGCAAUGCUGAUGAGGAAAUUCUAUGCUUACGGUACCAUAUGCUGCAGGAACAACUAAAUAAGGAAGAUUUGCUAGAAAACUUGUACCUCGAAUUCAUCAAUCGUACUAAUGAAGUUGGAGUGGACAUCAACCUUACGGUUCAGAACUCGAUCACCUUGAAUUUAGUGCAGUUCAUUUGCGGUUUGGGACCGAGGAAAGGACAAGCCCUAAUAAAGGUGCUGAAGCAAACCAAUCAACGGCUGGAAAAUCGUACUCAGCUAGUUACAGCUUGUCACAUGGGCCCAAAGGUUUUCAUCAAUUGUUCAGGCUUCAUUAAGAUCGAUACCAAUUCCCUUGGAGAUAGUACUGAAGCCUACGUGGAGGUAUUGGAUGGAUCGCGUGUGCAUCCGGAAACGUAUGAAUGGGCCCGUAAAAUGGCGGUGGAUGCUUUAGAAUACGAUGACGAAGACGCCAAUCCUGCUGGAGCUUUGGAGGAAAUUCUGGAAUCACCCGAACGCCUGAAGGAUCUUGAUCUGGAUGCGUUUGCCGUGGAACUGGAACGUCAAGGUUUCGGCAACAAGAGUAUAACACUGUAUGAUAUUCGUGCAGAGUUAAACUCCCGGUAUAAAGAUCUGCGUACUCCGUAUCGCUCUUGCACGGCGGAAGAGUUGUUUGAUUACCUGACUAAGGAAACUCCUGAAUCUUUGUAUGUUGGUAAAAUGAUGCUGGCAACUGUCGCUGGUAUAAGUCACCGUAAACCUCAAGGCGAUCAACUGGAUCAGGCGAAUCCGGUGCGAAACGAUGAAACCGGACUUUGGCAAUGUCCUUUCUGUAUGCAGAACGAGUUCCCAGAAUUGUCGGAGGUUUGGAACCAUUUCGAUGCUGGAGAAUGUCCUGGUCAGGCGACCGGUGUUCGGUUACGAUUCGACAAUGGCUUGACGGGAUUCAUCCAUAUAAAAAAUAUUUCCGAUAAACAUGUGAAGAAUCCUGAAGAACGAGUACAGAUGGGACAAACAAUUCAUGUGAGGAUAACCAAGAUAGACGUCGAACGGUUCACAUUGGAUUGUUCUUCGAAAAGUUCUGAUUUGGCCGAUAAAAAUAACGAAUGGAGACCCAGGAAAGAUCCAAAUUACGAUCAAGAAGCUGAAGACAGAGAUAACAAAAAGGAAACUGAUACGAAAAAGCAGAAACAAAGGCAGCAGUAUAUAAAAAGGGUAAUUGUACAUCCAUCUUUCCAUAAUAUAUCGUAUGCGGAAGCUUUGAAACUGCUAGACCAGUUGGAUCAAGGUGAAGUGAUUGUACGGCCAUCUAGUAAAGGUGCGGACCAUUUGACGGCAACGUGGAAAGUCACAAAGGACAUCUACCAGCAUAUCGAUGUGCGUGAAGAGGGUAAGGAAAACGUUUUCAGUUUAGGACAGUCAUUAUGGAUCGGCAAUGAGGAAUUCGAAGACUUGGAUGAAAUCAUUGCUCGGUAUAUAAAUCCGAUGGCCGCCUAUGCCCGUGACCUGUUGAAUUAUAAAUACUACAAGGACACUGAUGGGGGCAUGAAGGACAAGGCAGAGGAAAUCCUCAAAGAAGAGAAAAAGAAAAAUCCAAACAAAAUCCACUAUGUUGUCUCCGUGGCGAAAAACUAUCCAGGAAAGUUUCUUCUUUCGUACUUACCGCGAACCAAGUUCAAACAUGAGUACAUAACCAUCACACCAGAAGGGUACCGGUUCAGGAGUCAAAACUUAGAUUCAGUGAACUCUCUACUCAAAUGGUUCAAAGAACACUUCCGCGACCCCAUUCCGAUGGCCACUCCGACCAGCACGCCGCGAGGUAGUUCAUCGACUUCGCGCACACCGUACACCUCAGCAUCACCCAAGUACAGCAACGACGCUAUUACAAAACUAGCUCAAAAUAUGCCAACACACAUGCUGAAUUCGCUAUCGCAGGCAACAAGUCACACACCGCGAUACGAUUACACUCCGGGUGACUUUGGAAGUACCAGCAAUUAUGUGACCACGCCGUAUACUCCCAGCGGUCAAACACCGUACAUGACACCAUACCAACAGACGCCACAUUCUUCUCAAACGCCGAGGUAUGGAUCGUCCACACCGUCGCAACACUCAAAUGGUUCGUUCGUACAUCCGGGAUCUGUGAACAUGCCUCAUCGCAGCCGAGGUGGACACAACGACCGUUCUGGUAGUUCACCCUUCAACAACCCUGCCUCAGUAUCUCCAUAUUCCAACGAAAGCGCCAAUAUGGGUCGCUAUGGUUCCAUGCAGCAAGAGAAACGAAACUGGGAAAAGGCGACAGACUCGUGGAUGUCCAAAGGACGAGGGGGCGGAAAUCAUAAUCGAGAUGGUGGCCGAAACACACCCAGAGGCGGAGGUCAAUCCGGUCGAGGGGACUUUAGGCCACGUAACAAAUUCUCCAACGAUUCCUUCGGUUCGUCGAAUCCUCAACACUCGAGAGGCAACAACUCGGCACCAAGUCCCCGUCCCAUGUCGAAUGCUUCGCAAAAACCCAACAACUCUCCACCACAAGGAGGUACGCUGGCGAGUCUGGGAGAUUCCACACCCCUGUGGGAUGAAUAAGCAGCGAUUAGUGAAAAUGUAUUGCAUAAUACAUAAAACAAUAAAUUAAGAAACAAAAACGUCAGAAGGCCGCAAUGAUCGCUGAAGGAAAUAAUAAUCAUUAACUUAUAA